AUGAAGUACGAAGUGGUAUGCGCAGAAUACAGCUGUAGAAUCACAGCGUCCAAGAAAUCCACCACGAUGGAUAACGCGUUCGCCGUCGUUAAGCUUACGGCCCGCUCCAAUAUAACAACCAUUGACGCUGUUGAGGGCGACGGCGACGUUGGCGAUUACAAUAAUCACCAACAACUCGAUCUACAACUACAUUCAACAGCAACAACACAGCAGGAGCCAAACUCACCGCCGCCUCAAACUGAGCAACUACGACAGGAACUGGAACUGGAACAACAACAGCAGCAGCAGCAGGAGCGGCAAUUUGCCACAACAGCCUUGCCAUCCAUUUAUGAGCAUCAGCCGCUAGGCGUAUCAUCUCAUCCCGACCAUCAGCAACAGCAUCAGGAGCAAAAAUUUUACAAUCAUUUCUAUACGCAUGACGAUUUCGCACAAACCCUCUAUCAACAUAAGCAACAACAGCAGCAGCAACACAUUAUACAUAUUAUCGACAUCAGCAACAAGCAACACAACAUCAACAACUAA